ACCUUUCUCUCUCUAAAGUCCUUUCUUCUUCUUCUUCUUCACACAAACUCUGUGAGUGACUGAGUGAGAAGAACCAGCAAUGGCGAAACCGAGCAGCAAUACUCGGACUUGGUUCUGGAGCCGAGGCGAGAAAGUGGAGGUGCGCACAGAAGAAGAAGGAUUCCACGGCGCGUGGUUCCCGGCGACGAUCCUGGAGCCGCCGUCGAAUCCUUCUUCGGUUCUCAGCAGGAAACGAAAGAGCUUCAACUCGAACAAGGUCUUGGUCCAGUACAACACCUUCGUCACGGAGAAGGACCCAACCAAGCCGCUGACGGAGUACACCAACGUCAUGUUCCUCCGGCCGUCGCCGCCGGUGGAGGCUCCCGGGAAGACAUUCGAGGCCGGCGACGACGUGGACGCGUUUCACAACGACGCGUGGUGGCCGGGAGUGGUGAUGAGUGUGGAAGGAGGGGACAGGUACAGGGUGGGGUUUAGGGACCCGCCGGAGUUGCUGGUGCUUGGCCGGAGUGAGUUGAGGAGUCACUUGGAUUGGGUCAACGAGAUUUGGUCCAGACCAUACAAGAAGCGGAUGAAGGAAUCGAUGUAUAGUCCGGGGACUCCAAUUGAAGUGAGACUUGUCAAAGAACAUCUAUGGUCUGCUUGGAUUCCAGCAAUUUAUGCUGGUGCAUUAGGGGGGAACUUGUUUUUGGUUCAAUAUAAGAGCCUAAAGAACAGUGAUAAAGAUGGGAUUGCUACAGUGGCUGUAUCUGACCAUCAGAUCCGACCUCGCCCUCCACGGCACAACGAAACAGGUUUUUGCUUGCUGGACAUGGUGGAUGCGUUCCAUGAUAUGAGUUGGUGGGUUGGAAGUAUUACAAAUGUUCUUCCAGACAAUAAGUACAUUGUCACUUUUAAACUUACAGAUGAACAGAAAGAAUUCAGUCACUCAGAACUAAGGCUCCAUAUGGAAUGGAUUGACAAAAAAUGGGAGUCUGACUUUUCGAGAUUUGGGUCUGCGAUGGAUGAUAUAGAACAAACACAGCAUACAUUCACAAAUUCCAGAAACUCUGCGGUAGCUACACCACUUAAAAGGUCACGUGCUACCAAGGAUAGCACGGGAGAAGAAAAUCCUUAUGCUAGCUCACAGAAGAAUCAGAUGAAGCAGCUGGGUCCUUGCAUUGAUAAAUCAGCUUAUAGUAAAACCACAAAUGAACUGAAACUACUGGACCAACCUAAUGAUGAUGCAACAUUUUUAAGUCCAACUCCUUCCAAGAAGUUAAAACGACAUCCAGAAGAAUCUGUUUCUAUUGAUGAAGUAUAUGUGAGGAGAAGACCAAUUAAAAUAUCCAAUGAAAAAGGCCCUGUUGGAGAUGGUGUGAAGACUGGGUCGCUGCUUGGAGAACAAGGUAGACAAAGAAAAUCACAAUUUGAUGGGAGCAGUCCACCACUGAAAAUUCAUGUUGCAGUCAAGAAGGGAAGUAGAAUGGACAAGGCUGAUGAAGAAUGUAUUGGCGAUGAGCAUGUAAUGGACAAGUCUGAAUCUUCUGGUAUUCAGUCAGACUCUGAAGUAACGAGAAGAUCACUUGCUGGAAAUUCUAGUCUCCUGCAUUUGAAGGAGAUUAAUCAACAUGAUGAAGAUGGAGUGAGCAAUCAGACAAAAGUGAAGGAUAUUGCUGAGGCUGGACUGCCCGGAAAGACACCUACUCAUGAUCAGCCUCUACCAUUGUGCAUAUACAAGAUGCAUUCUGUUCUAGGUAACCCUGCUGCAACUACCAACCAACAAAUUCCAGUUGCUGAGGCUGGACUGCCCGGAAAGACACCUACUCAUGAUCAGCCUCUACCAUUGUGCAUAUACAAGAUGCAUUCUGAAAAGACUAUGGAGGGCUCAAGUUCUGAAGAUCCAACAGAAGAUGGAAAAGGUCAAGCUACUGCAAUGGAAGUAGAAGUGGCUGGGACUGAAAUAUCCUCAGAGACACCUCUUCAUGAUCAACCUUUAUUAUUGUGUGACAUGGACUCUGAAAACACUUUGGAGGGUAACCCUGCUGGGACUGCAAAAACAUCCCUUCAUGAUCAAUUUCAGGCAUCAAGCAUAGCUGAAAUGUAUUCUGAACAUACUACUGAGGGCUCAUGCAAACGUGCUGGGACAGCAAAGGAACAAUAUGAGGUUACAGGAAGACAAGGUGAAACUGGAAUUACCAGUGACAUUGAGCAAGAAGACACUCCGCAUCUGCCUUUUGUGAAAAAAUCUCCAUUUUGGAAAAUGUUGGAAUCCAUGGAUGCAUUCAAAAGGUUUCCACAACAGCCACAUUUUAAGCCCUUACUGAAGGUUAAAAUGUUAUGCCGUGAAGGACUAGCCCUUGGAGGUAUGCAUAUCUUUGCCGCUGUGGUCGAGUACAUUUCAAAGCUGCAGGUUGAUGAUCCUAGUGACUCCAUCAACGACAUUUUGGAAGCUCUAGUUGAACUGGAACGGCUGGGAUUUGAUGUCAAGGCACUCCAGGACCGACUGAAUGAAUUGCAAGACAUGAAACUUAGGUUUGCAGAGCUUAAGAACAAGUCAGACGGAGUCAAAAUCCUGAUCACAAAUUGUACGCAUGAAAGAAGCAAAGGCUCUGAAGUUAUCAGUGGGAUGGAUGCGGACAUCAAUGACUUGGAGGAAAAGAUCAGAGGGAUACAGGCAAAAAGGGCAAAGGUGGUCUCAGAGAGGGCGGCGAAAGAUUCUGAAAUCAGUAUGUUGGAAUCAGAAGCAAAUGCUAUCAAUGAAGGCAUUCAGAGCAUCGAGCAUGAUUUCCAAAAUCUAGCAGCAGCUGCAUGGUGAAUGUGGUGCCUCCUAGUUCCCCAAUAAUCACCACUCCUUUUGCUAACCCUUAAUUAAUACUUAUGGAGCAAGAUGGUCAAUGAGAACCUCUAUUUACUGGUAUAACUGGUACAAACAGUUUAGAAUGCUGGGACCUUUAAUCCCAUAUCAUCAGCCAUGCAUUCUUGCACUUAUUUAUCUUAGUCUUAAUAUAUUCGAAACCAGUCUUUUUUUUUUUUUGGUCAAAGAUAUUCAUUGAAAAGAGGGCAAACAGCCCAGCCAUACAACAACAGAAAGCCAAAAGGCUAAACUGAAGAGAAACAGAGCUCUCAUAGUCAAAGCCACAGGAGGCAAGACAAGAGGAACUACGAACAGACGCAACAAACAAAACAAGCCUAAAGAAAAGCAAGACAUAAAGGAAAGCAAGAACGCAAAUUAAAGGAAGACAUUAGAAGCUUCGUCAGACAGCCAACGCAGCAGCGUCCCUCAAGCAGGGAGCGCAUGUCUUGGGGCACCUGGAACUCCAAAAUUGCAGCUUGUAAGGAGACCCCUACACCAAAGUCCGAUCAAAAUAACCCUGAAAAUGGAAAAACAGAAGAAAAAAGAGGAUCUAACCACAGAUAUAUCCUCUUCCCCACAGUACAAAUUUGCACCAUAACAUGAGAUUUGCAGCCACAACUUUGAUAACAAAUCUAGGCAAACGAAACCCAGAUCAGGAGGAGCCAAGAGGCCCCGAAAAUAGAACAUAGAAGUAGAUGGUGCAUGCACCCGAGCCAAGGCUCUACCUAUCUUCCGAUUGAGACGCGAGAAAUCGCGUUUGAGAGAAGCCACUGCAACAACCAAGCCAUGGUACCGAUUUGAAAUGGAAUAGAAGAAAUCCAGGGAACAAGAUCUUGAGUUGAGAGAUGGUGGGUAAAAGAAAGUGAUGGGUGGUGAGGAAUGGGUUAGAGCAAAUUUGGGGUUAAAGUGCAAAAAGAAAAUUGGGGCAAGAUGGAAGGAGAAGGGAGGGAGACCGAAGGAGAAAAAAAGAGAAGAAACAAGAGGCAGAAGCCCCAGAUCUGAGACAUAGCUCAGGGAAGCACCCAUAAAGGGUGAGCAGUGCCACCGACUCUCAAGGAAGAAAAGCUUUGAGCUCUGAGAAAAGCUCUCAGAGGAGGAGGCUUAUCUGUUUCCUAUUGAUUCUCUUGUUUGUUGUUUGUCUGCAAUAGCUUUGGCCUGUCGUUUCCAUUUCCGGCAGAUUAUGAAGGUUAAUUCCUUUCUUAA